GUUAUGGCUACCUCUAGGUUGUUGACGACUCUGCGAAGGGUCGUCUAUCGCGCUCACGAUUUCAAUAAGUGUUGCGUGACAAAUGACCUUCGGGACGUACGUCGAGCAUUUAGCAAGAAAUCCAUCCUCGAGGAGGAUGACGCGAUUGCCAAGAAGCAAAGACCGAAGACGGUGCCAGUGCCGAAGAUCACGUUGCUGUUACCGGACGACUCGAUGACCGUGACAGUGCUAGAAGAUGCUCAAAGUUUGGCAAAACGUCGCAAACUCACCCUCGUCAAGAUCAGCGACCUUGACAGUAAGACACAACGACCACUUUAUAAACUGAUGAGUGCGUCCACCUUCGUCGAGGAGAUCGAGAAGAACAUCGAAAAUAAUGACAAAGAUAAGCAAAAAACCAAAAAUACUAAGCUGUUCUACAUAUCUGCAAAGAUCGCUGAGAACGAUCUAUUAACAAAGACAAGAAAUGUGGUGAAAUUAUUAAAUAAGGGGCACAAGGUUAAGAUCGCCAUCACCCUGGAUGGUAUCAGUGAGGAUAAGACCCAAAAUGUUAUAGAGGAUGCAGUGAAAAAUCAUGGCGAUAUUCAACGAAUGCCAUCAAAGAAAAAUGUUGUUUUACUUCUAAUAAAUCCCUUGUUAAAUAAGAAUAAAGACAAUUCUGCAGAUAAUAAAAAAGCAACUGGUACAAUUAAUCAAAGUGGUAAUGUGUGACAUUUAAC